GCAGAGCGGCCUUAAGAGCGGCUGCGGCCGGGGCGGCGCAGUCGGCCUGUCAGCCGGCUUCCAGACGCGUCCAGGUCUUUGCGCGGCGGAUAUGGCGGCGGAGGAGGAGGAGGUGGACUCCGCAGACAGCAGCCAGGGGUCAGGAUGGCUAACUGGUUGGCUUCCCACCUGGUGCCCUACAUCAACAUCACACCUUAAAGAAGCUGAAGAGAAAAUGUUAAAAUGUGUCCCCUGCACUUACAAAAAGGAACCUGUUCGUAUAUCUAAUGGAAAUAGAAUAUGGACACUGAAGUUCUCUCACAGUAUUUCAAAUAAGACUCCACUUGUUCUCCUCCAUGGUUUUGGCGGAGGUCUUGGACUCUGGGCACUGAAUUUUGGAGAUCUUUGCACUGAUAGACCAGUCUAUGCUUUUGACCUGUUGGGCUUUGGACGAAGUAGUAGACCCAGGUUUGACAGUGAUGCAGAGGAAGUGGAGAACCAGUUUGUGGAUUCUAUUGAAGAAUGGAGAUGUGCCCUUGGAUUGGACAAAAUGAUCCUGCUUGGACACAACCUGGGUGGGUUCUUGGCUGCUGCUUACUCACUGAAGUACCCAUCAAGGGUUAGUCAUCUCAUCUUAGUGGAGCCUUGGGGUUUUCCUGAGCGACCAGACCUUGCUGAUCAAGACAGACCAAUUCCAGUUUGGAUCAGAGCCUUGGGAGCAGCAUUGACCCCCUUUAACCCUUUAGCUGGACUCAGGAUUGCAGGGCCCUUUGGUUUAAGUCUAGUUCAGCGGUUAAGGCCUGAUUUUAAACGGAAGUAUUCUUCAAUGUUUGAAGAUGAUACUGUGACAGAAUACAUCUACCACUGUAAUGUACAGACUCCAAGUGGUGAAACAGCUUUCAAGAAUAUGACUAUUCCCUAUGGAUGGGCAAAAAGGCCAAUGCUUCAGCGAAUUGGUAAAAUGCACCCUGACAUUCCAGUUUCAGUGAUCUUCGGCGCCCGAUCCUGCAUAGAUGGCAAUUCUGGCACCAGCAUUCAGUCAUUACGACCACAUUCAUAUGUGAAGACCAUAGCUAUUCUUGGGGCAGGGCAUUAUGUAUAUGCAGAUCAACCAGAAGAGUUCAACCAGAAAGUAAAGGAGAUCUGCAACUUGGUGGACUGAGCACACUGAAGUCCUUGUAAGAACACCUGGUGACUGAUAAAAUUCUUGAGCAAUAAUCCACAGUACCGUGAAGAUUGAAGAAUGCAACCCAAGAACCAGGCAGUCUCCUUGACUGCAUCUUGCACAUUUCUUUUUGAAGUCAUUUGCACAUUUAAACCAUUUAGUGCCUUCUAGAAGAAUUGACUCUCCUUUCUCCUACACAAAAUUGAAAUACAUAAGAGACUCUAAAUUUAAUGGUUUUAAAUAAAAGGUUAUUUAUCCCUCUGUA